GAGCAGUUAUGGACAUAGAAUUUGUGCUGAAACUUUAAAUUCUGGUAAACUGAAUUAAUGAGGAUAGCGGCUUCCCUUUGUGGUGACAUCACUUGAAUGCAGUUGCUUUUAAAGGCAGCCCACUCAAGCGACCGCUGUACAAUUAUGAGAUGAUCUCAGGAAGUAAUAAUUUUUUUAUAUCAUAAGAGUUUAGAUUGUUACAUAUCAGAGUCUGCACAUGGGAAAAUCACUGUCAGAGGUGCCCUCAUCUAAGCCGUACCAGGGAGUGAGGGUCAAAGACCCUGUAAAGGAGUUGCUGCGGAGAAAAAGAGGAAAUGCUGCCAGAACGAAACCCCCCAGCACAGUGAUGGCUCCCAACAACACUUUCCAGUCAUACACACAUGCUGGGACUUCUAGCUUUGUAGAAGCCAACCAGAGUGGUCUCAAUGAUUCAUUAGUGGAUGUCGGCGGGCUUUGCACAGGAUGGAUUGCCCAGACAACCAGCACAUCUGCUCUCCAGCCUUUGAGCCACUGGACUACCCCAGACUGCCAACACCACGACCCUACUAUCCCAUCCCACGCUGAUAUGUAUGUCCAGCCGAUCUGUCCCAGUUACACUGUGGUAGGCCCUUCCCCCAUGCUGACGUUUGCGCACACACCUCUCUUCACCAACCUUGCGACCAUGAGCACCUCCAGCUCAGCCUUGCCACCAGUGGAGAUCCCAGACUCCUCCUUGACAUACAUUCCUUGGGCUCAGCCUUUAUCUACCAUCUCCAGCACCGUCAUGCAGUCCCCCUCUGUGCAAGCAGCCCUGUCAGCCUCCCAGCUCUUCCCAGUGCCUCUGACCUUGCCAGUGAUUUCACCAGAACCUGAACCUAGGCAGGUGGAGCCUCCCCAGGCCCCAGAGGGCACUCUGGCCCUUGAGAAACUGCUGGAAGACGAUGAGAGCCACAAAGAACCCUACAUCUGCAACUCCUCGCUGUUUUCAGAAGACAUUUAAGAAAUCUGUAGAUUGGCACUCUUUUUGCGCAGCUUUUUACCCAAUCAAGAUUUCAUGGUGGAGCCAAUGUAGUCCUACACUGAAUAAGCCCCAGUAUGAGCCCUACAUGGGUUUGUCCUUGGGUUCUCUGUCUGAACCCAUGACAAGUAUGGGAUACAUCAAAUAGGGCUGACACAGAACCCACAAACAAACCCAUGUAAUACCCAUACAUCGAGCCUAUAUUGUGCUUACAUUGUCUCCACCAUAAUGUUGGCUGGCUCAUGGCCACAAACACACUGUAAAGUUUUAGGAGUGACAACCGCAUUGAAAUAUAGAAGUUUAUUUAAAUGAUCAUUCCCGAAAUUGCGAUGAUUGACACUGUGGUAACCAAUUAGCCUGACUACGUCAGACUUUGUACUCCCGCUCAAUUUCAGUUUGCUUCUGUACUGAGUCUAGACCUAUCUCUCGGUUUUCCUCCGGCAUGAAAACAGCCGGCCAAUCAACAGAGGCCGGGCUGAGAGCCGUGACGUAGACGCUAAGCGGCAAGUUUAAAAUUUUAUUUUCAGGUUAGGGAAAUCAAAAACGACCGCAGAUAUGGAGAUACGGGAUGCAAUUCGCUCUGUUGUGGUGAAUAUUCCCGGCAUUUGCAAACUGAAGUCCGAACAAGAGGAGCCUCCAAAAAGAACUGUAAGAUUCUGCAAUUUUAACUAAACCACCGUCAACAGAGGCGUUGUGUAUUGCUUAUGCUGGAAAGGCUGCUCAAAUGACUCCUUGCAGUGUUGUCAAGUCCACUUAUAAGAGUUUUUUGGGCUUAGCUUUUAAAGCGAUCAAGUUUAUGGGAUUAGAGAGAGAGUUUACCCAAGUUUCUUUCUUCUGUUAAACACAAAAGAUAUGAUGAAGAAUGUUGGUAAUCAAACAGCCAUUGCCUUCCAUAGUAGGAAAAAGAAUACUAUGGGAGUCAAUGGCUAUCGUCAACCAACAUUCUUCAAAAUAUCUUCCUUUGUCUUCAACAGAAGAAAGAAACUCAUACAGGUUUGGAACAACAUAAGGGUGAGUAAAUUAUGACAAAAUUUUAAUUUUAAGAAAAUUGGGAAUUUGCAGGUCAUCAAUAUUUUGAUGUUAUUUUCAAUAUAAAGCUUUUGGAUUUAUUUUGGUCUAUUAUGUGCUCGUCCUUUUUCUCUCUAGCAACGUAAAUGAGUUAAGCCUCGUACCUCUUUCCCAGUGGUUUUCAUACAAAAUCGAGACCUCUGAUGCCCAUUUAAAAACUAGUUGUUCAAGGCAGUUCCGUACACACUUUUUUAAAUUUUUCUAAAUGCAGUUGUCACUACCUGAAUUUUUCAAAAGCUAAUUUGUUUGUAUAAUUCAGUCCUGUGAAUUUCUGGACUUUAUGUGUACAGAAUAUAUUUAUCUCCAGGGUGUACAUGGCCAAUAUGUAGGAUUUGCUAGGCUGAAACUGAUGUGAGGCAUUUCAGACAGCAUUUUGGCAGCCCUUAUGAAAAAGGAAAUCUGGAAUAAAUAACAGAUCUGGGAACAACUGUGAAGGGAUGACUAAUGAUGAUUAAUGUCCAUUUUUGCUGGCUUUGCGUAGCUGCAAUUUAAUCCAAUUUAGUGUGCAGAAUCCUGUAGCAUGUUUACAAUGGUUAAAAUACUAACAUUUACAUAGUGCUCUUCCUUGUAGACAGUUUAUUAAAAUGUCAGUUAGAAUUAGAAAAGCAUCGGUUUUCUGAAAGUUGGAAAUUUCCCCUAUGGAUGUUAUCAUUAAAUCUACCUGUGCCCAAGACCUGCAUGCUUAGUUGUCUCUCAAGUUAACAUGUUCCCUAAUGAGAUGUUUAAACAAGGGUCUGCUCUGUGCACGCUCUACCAUGAAAUCUGCUUUUCAGAGCUUCUGUGCAUGACAUAUCUCCCUCAAACGGUAUUGACAAUAAAGCACACGUGCAUUUGCAA